ACUUCACUUCUUUUCUAUGAAGUCGAAGGCCGGUGAAAGAGGCUAAUCAAUGUCAAGCUGUUGGCAGCCAAAGGAUGACUUUUGGUUCAAUGUAACCUUCAUUUACCAUAAAGAGACUAUUACCCACAGCUCCGUGUAUCUUACUGGUGACUUUAACGGCUGGAGCUGCUCUCAACAUCUCAUGGUGGCCUGCUCCGAAGGCUACACUGUCACCCUCUCACUCUGCACUGGUUUCUACCACUACAAGUUUUUUUCCGAUGAUGCUUGGUUCCAUGAUGACCACAAUCCUCAUAGAGGAGGUGAGCGUGGGAACUCUGUCAUGUUUGUACACAUGGACCCCACUGUCUAUGGCCUCCGCCCCCAAUCCCCCCCUCACAGAGACUACCAUCGGCCGGAAACCCCCAGAAACCACUUCCACACACUCUCACCCUCACUAACAGCUGACAUUGCUGCACAUGGCAUUCUACAACGUCUUGUUUUUGUCUACCUCCCUCCAUCCUAUUCUAGUGACCCGACACGUCGCUAUCCUGUAGUCUAUGCUAACGAUGGACAGAACUUGUUUUCCACCCCCGAGCACUGUGGGGGGCCGUGUAUGGGGGGGUGGGCAAUGGAUGCUCACUGUGACCACCACUGGACACAAGGAACGCUCCCAGAAUUUAUACUAGUGGCAGUCCCAAACUCUGACUUUGUAUGCAUAGGGAAUCGGACUAAAGAGUAUUGUACUGCUGACUUCCAGGACACAUCGCAAGAUCCAUAUAUUUGCUACCUAGUGGAGGUUGUAAAGAGAGACAUUGAUGCCACGUAUCGAACUCUACCUGAUCCUUGUCACACUGUUGCCAUGGGAUCGUCUAACGGUGGACUAUGUGCGUUUGUGUGUGCAGUGAACCACUCUCAAGUGUUUGGAGGAGCCGUGUGUAUGUCCCCUUCAUUCUGGCAUGUGGACAGAGAUAACCAUGCAGCCUACAGUCUGGUCCAGUCUCGCCCCCAGCCACCCUCUAGGCUGUACAUAGACUCAGGAGAUGGUCUCGGAGAUAAUCGAUACGAUGUCAAGAUGAUGUCUGACACACUGACUCGAUGUGGAUGGAAACACAAGUACUUGCUGGACGAGUGUGCAUCCAGGAUGCCCCAUGGAAUGACCCACUUGGAGACUGCAUGGGGGGCCAGGGUGUUAGAUGCACUCAAAUAUGUACUGGAUAGCUAACCUGUGUGCAUUCUCGAUGUUGUGUUAAAUUCAAUUAAUUUGUCCAUAUCAUUGUACACAAUAAAAAAUAUCACAAUUUGGUCGGAACCUA